AUGGAUGAAGACGCUCCUCUUAGCCCUGAGCCGGGCCAAGAUCAUGGCCAUCGCCGCCAUCGCGCAUCCAAUGCCAAUGCCAAUGGCAACGGUCGCACUGGACUCUAUCGAAUGAGCUCUAACCAGAGCAGGUCGAGCAUCUUUGAAGAUGUUGAGAUGGCGCAUGAGGAGCUUUUCUCUGGUCCUGUUGCCGAAAGUCUUCCCACCAGUGUAUCAGCAUUUUCCCAUCGACGACCUCGUGCCGAUUCGACUGCCAGCUUCGCCUAUUACGAUGACGACAACGAAGGAUUUCCCGAUGAUGAUGACGCCGAGAGUGUAGCUGUGCAGAGUAUUGCUGGCGAUUACAUUCGGCGCAGCGUUUCAGAUAUCGCAGACUUGGAAUUCGGUGUUGAUGGUAACGAGGAAUAUGAUGAAUCCCCAGAGCGAGACUAUCGCAUUUCAGAAGACAAUUAUGCUCUGCGCAGACACUCAUCUGCAUACUCUCGCCAUUCGGUCAACGCCCAUCUCUUGCGACGAGAUAGUACAGCCACUGCCGGAAGCUUUCGACGCCAUGGGCGUGUCAGUCAAAAAGUUUAUCUAGAAAACGAGGAUCUCACAAUCGUCAUCGCCGGUUUCAAGACAAGCAAGACCGGCUCUGCGAUCUAUAUCUCUUUGUGCAUCCUUACCUGCGGUCUCGCUUAUCUCCUCUUCCGAUGGUUGCCCCGGUGGUACGUUGGUCUGCUUGGACAAGCAACUUCGCUUGGCGAGUGCGAAUGGGUCGUGAUAGAGAACCAAUGGGGUGAACUUGUCACUAUGGAUGUUCGAUCUCAGAUCUACGGCCGACCUUUGUCAACAGUCUUUGGCCUGCCAGAGAAAUUCUACUCCGAUGCAUUGGACGAGGAUGUUGACCCUAUCAUUGACGACCUCCGAACACUGGAUUACCGCUACAUUCGACUGUGCUUCCACCCUCUUAAAGACAAGUUUAUGCUCUUCAAUGGUUGGAAAGACCCCAACUGGACCGAUGUGCGACUGACCCGUGCUGGUCUGGACACUGAUGAAAGGGGAGUCCGUGAAGUUGUCUUUGGCAGCAACCUCAUCGAUAUCGAGCAGAAGACGACUGGACAGCUUCUGGUGGACGAAGUUUUGCACCCUUUUUACGUAUUUCAGAUCGCCAGUCUUAUCCUAUGGUCCAUGGACAGCUACUACUAUUAUGCAAUUGCUAUCUUCCUCAUGUCGGUUGGUAGUAUUGCUGCCACCCUCAUUGAGACUCGAGCUACCAUGAAGCGUCUCCGCGAGAUCUCGCGAUUCGAAUGUGAUGUGCGAGUUCUGCGAAACGGUUUCUGGCGAUUUAUCAGUUCAAGUGAACUGGUCCCUGGAGAUGUCUACGAAUUGAGCGAUCCCAGUUUGACACAGUUUCCCAGUGACAGUCUCUUGCUCACCGGUGACUGUAUCGUCAAUGAAAGCAUGUUGACUGGCGAGUCUGUUCCCGUUUCGAAGUUGCCAGCCACCGACGAGACUUUGCGCACGAUGGAUCUGGGAGCGUCCUCAGUUACCCCUGAAACAGCCAGACACUUCCUGUUUUGUGGUACCAAAAUCAUCCGCGCCAGAAGGCCUCAGGAAGACCAAGGGGACGACGCCGUUGCGCUCGCCCUCGUUGUCCGGACUGGUUUCAACACUACAAAAGGUGCCCUGGUACGAUCGAUGCUGUUCCCUAAACCCUCAGGUUUCAAGUUCUACCGCGAUUCAUUCCGGUACAUCAGUGUCAUGGCUAUUGUUGCUGCUAUCGGAUUCUUGGCUUCCUUGGUCAACUUUAUCAGACUUGGUCUUGCAUGGCAUCUCAUUAUUGUGCGAGCGCUCGAUCUCAUCACAAUUGUCGUGCCUCCUGCCCUGCCUGCCACUCUGACGAUCGGUACCAACUUUGCUCUUAGUCGACUGAAGAAGAAGCAGAUCUUCUGUAUCAGUCCUCAGCGAGUGAAUGUUGGUGGAAAGAUCGACAUCAUGUGCUUCGACAAGACGGGAACGUUAACGGAAGAAGGACUUGAUGUUUUGGGUGUUCGGGUCGUUGAUCGUAACUCAAAGAAAUUCAGCGAGAUUGUAACCGAGCCUCAGAUGCUUUUGGCUGAGGCAACACGACAGAACGCCCAGGAUACCUAUCGCGCCGCAUUGCACACAAUGGCCACCUGUCACUCUCUGCGGUCCGUUGAUGAUGAACUAGUCGGAGAUCCACUGGAUCUCAAGAUGUUUGAGUUCACACGCUGGACAUACGAAGAAGGAAAGCAGAAUGCUUCCGAGGAAGAUGAGGAGCAAGGUGGACUGGCGCCCUCUAUUGCACGACCUCCUAACGGCAACAUCGAGCUCGGAGUACAGAAGUCUUUUGAAUUCGUUUCAAAUCUGCGACGUGCCAGUGUCAUUGUUCGACCAUUCGGUCAGAAGAGUGGUGACAUCUUUGUCAAGGGAGCCCCCGAAGCAAUGAAGGAGAUCUGUCGCCCUGAAAGCUUUCCCGAUGAUUACGACGAGCUUCUGUCUUGGUAUACCCACAAAGGUUACCGUGUCAUCGGUGUCGCCAGCCGGCAUCUCAAGAAGCUCAGCUGGGUUAAGGCUCAGAAGAUGAGUCGAACUGAAGUUGAGAGUGAUCUCGACUUUGUUGGUUUCAUUGUGUUCGAGAACAAGCUUAAGCCCACAACAGCCGCAGUUCUGGAGGAGCUUCUGGCGUCCAAUAUUGGCGCAGUCAUGGUAACUGGUGACAACAUCUUGACGGCCAUUAGCGUGGCCCGAGAGUGUGGUCUUAUGGACCGAAAGGCUCAUUGCUUCGUGCCACGCUUCAUUGAGGGUGAUUUCCGUGAUGCGGAGGCCAAGAUUCAAUGGGAAAGUAUCGACAACAACCUCUAUCACUUGAAUGAAAAGACUUUACUUCCCUUACCCCCUCCCCCAGAGGCGGAUGCUUCACUGCCCUUUGAGAUCACCAGCCUUCGUAACUAUACUUUGGCUGUCAGUGGUGAUGUGUUCCGAUGGAUGGUUGACUUUGCGUCGCCACAAGCACUUCAACGGAUGCUUAUCAAUGGUAAAGUGUUUGCCAGAAUGUCACCUGAUGAGAAGCAUGAGUUGGUCGAGAAGCUGCAGAGCAUUGAUUACACAUGUGGCUUCUGUGGUGACGGAGCAAACGACUGUGGUGCUUUGAAGGCCGCAGAUGUUGGUAUCUCUUUAUCUGAGGCAGAAGCUUCUGUGGCAGCUCCCUUUACUUCUCGUGUGUUUGACAUUCGCUGUGUAUUGGAAGUUAUCAAGGAGGGUCGAGCCGCUCUGGUCACAAGCUUCAGUUGCUUCAAGUACAUGAGUUUGUACUCGGCAAUUCAGUUCACAUCAGUCACAUUUCUUUAUGCCAGGGCUUCCAAUCUGGGAGACUUCCAGUUCCUCUUUAUUGAUCUCGCCCUUAUUCUUCCGAUCGCUAUCUUCAUGGGAUGGGCGGGGCCUGCUCCAAGACUUUGCCGCAAGCGACCUACUGCGGACUUGGUCUCACGAAAGGUUCUCACGCCUUUGUUGGGAUUCAUGCUUAUUUGCAUCUUCUUCCAAGCUGUGACGUAUGUCACUGUCAAGGAGCAGCCCUGGUAUAUUCCUCCCGUGGUGCACAAGGAUGAGCCUAGCAUUGAGAACUCGCAAAAUACGGCACUCUUCCUGUUCUCUUGCUUUGAGUAUAUCCUUUCGGGAGUCAUUCUUAAUGCUGGACGCCCAUUCCGACAGCGAACCACACAAAACUGGCCAUUUGCCAUAACCAUCUCCAUCGCCCUCUUGAUAACUGUUUACAUGAUCCUGACUCCUGCUCAAUGGGUCAUCGACCUGAUGCAGUUGACAGACAUGAGCUGGGACUAUGAACUGUUCCUGAUUGGAUUGGGUGCUGCGUACUUUAUCGUGGCCUGGGCUUUUGAGCACUUCCUUGCCCUGAGACUGGCUCGAUUGAUAGGCUCAAUCAAGCAGUCAGUGACCGGAAAGGCCAAGAAGCGCAAAGAGUAUAAGGUGAUUGCGGAAGCAUCUCGGAUUUAA